AUGGUGUCAAGAGGCAUCGACCUGGUGUAUGGCGGCGGCGGCAUAGGUCUCAUGGGGCUCGUCUCGCAGGCCGUCCACCGCGGCGGCAGGCGCGUCGUCGGAGUGAUUCCCAGGACUCUGAUGGCCACUCCUGAGAUAAUCGGAGAGACGGCGGGGGAGGUGAUUGCGGUGGCGGACAUGCACCAAAGGAAAGCAGAGAUGGCGAGGCAAUCUGAUGCGUUCAUAGCCCUGCCUGGAGGACAUGGAACGCUGGAGGAGCUGCUUGAGAUGAUCACAUGGGCAUCCACCGUUGGAUUGCUGAACGUUGAUGGCUACUACGACUCCCUGCUGGCGUUCAUCGACCAGGCCGUGGAGGACGGGUUCAUCAGCCCCAGCGCUCGCGGCAUCAUAGUCCAGGCUCCCACGGCGCAAGAACUCAUGGACAAACUUGAGGAAUACGUCCCGUACUACGACAGAGUUGCCUCCGGGCUCAACUGGGAGGCGAGGGUCGUCGUCGUCAAGGAUGCAGGUGCUGCUGAUUGA